GUUGGGAGUGAGGGGUACUGGGGUGGGACUGGCCAUCACUGUUUACAAAUGGGUUGUGGUACAAAAACGGUUGAAAACCACUGCUUUAGAGCUCUGUAACUGAAGCGUUACUUUAUUGGUGUCCUUUGUGAAAAGCACCAGAGCCUCCUGCAUCGGGAUGCCAGUAGGAACAGCAUUUAGCAACUAGUUUUCUCCUUAGGCACCUUACUUCAAUACAGUACUUAAACCCACAAAGGGCAAAUCCUUGCAUGUGGAAGGAUUAGUAGGAAAGGAAACUUAGCCAUCACGGAUCUCUUGUAAAUCUAAAUUGUAUCUCUGACACAACUUGUGUAAUUACCAAGUAAUCUGAGCUAACAUGGCCGUGGCUUGUUUCUUUGGAGCAACAUCUUGCAAAUACCAGUAUUAAGCUUAUGUCUCCCUUGCCAUUACAUAAUUGUACAAAAAGAAAGUAUUUGUUAGCACAGCAAUUAUGUGCCCAGAGGAUGCAGACUUAGGGUCUUGCUUGAAUUACAGGUGGUUGGAUUUGGAUUUGGCAGUCCUUGGUAGCUUGAUCUCUGGGGAAAGGAGUGACUUGAGUUCUGUGAAGGGUUCUUUCACCAUGUGAUAUUAACACUCAUGAUCGGAAAUGACUAGUAUUCAUGGUCACAUGGUGUUCAGUAAGUAGUUAAGUUGUGAUCUUAUGGGUAGUGAAAAGGCAUAUGGAAUUGGAAUAAACUGCUCUAUAGAAAUUAUAAAUUAAGAGAAAUUUCCACAAGAAAGGCAGCAAUGCAGGAACUUCCAAGAAAAAAGGAGUAUACUUCUAGCACGUUUAGAAGAACAAAUCCUGGUUCUGGCAAUCCCAGGAGAAGAACAUUUCCCCCCUAUCCCCUCUAUCCUGUAGAAGAGGUGGGGGAAAAGUGGUUUCCUUUUUCUCUCUGAAGGUGCAGAGCAUGGAGAAUGAUGAACUUCCGCCAGAGGAUGGGCUGGAUUGGUGUGGGGUUGUAUCUGCUGGCAAGUGCUGCGGCUUUUUACUAUGUCUUUGAAAUCAAUGAGACAUACAACAAACUAGCAUUGGAGCACAUUCAGCAACACCCUGAGGAACCACAAGAAGGAACCACAUGGAUGCACUCCUUAAAAGUACGACUGCUGUCCUUGCCUUUUUGGUUGUGGACUAUCAUAUUUUUAAUACCCUAUUUACAGAUGUUUUUGUUUCUCUAUUCCUGCACAAGAGCUGACCCCAAAACUGUGGGCUAUUGCAUCAUCCCUAUCUGCUUGGCUGUUAUUUGCAACCGUCACCAAACAUUUGUGAAGGCCUCUAAUCAGAUCAGUAGAUUACAGUUGAUUGACACUUGAUACAAUCUCUGGUUGCCAUAGCUGCUUCAGAAACCAUGCAUAUGCCUGAUCUAAUCACAAGACUGAACGGAAAUACUGAACAGAGGCUAGAAAAGAGCCUUUUCUUUCAAACAGUUAAAAGGGGAACAGAAUAGCAGGUUUUUAAUUUUUAAGAUAAGUUACAAUUUUUAAAAGUGUGGAUCUACCAUGUCACCAGAAAGGAAGAGUCCUCUGUAACAUGAUGGGAUAACUUCUCAUUUUGCCUUAUGAUGAAAACUUGCUACACUCCAUUUGAACCAUCAUGUGGGAAGUCCAUUUCUGGUCUGCAAUCUUACUCUGCUGUACAAAAAGACAAACAAAAAAGAUGAUUUCCUAGGUUUCCUUUUGAGAAAAAUCAAAGAACAGACAUUUUGUGGUAAAAUGUAAAAUGAUUAGAACAUGAUUAUAAAAGCUGCACUUAACACAAUACUUUGCAUUCUCAUUUUUCUGAAUACAUAUUUCACACUUAUGUUAGAGCUUGUUUUUUAAUUCACUGUUUUUAGAAGCAAUUGUAUUACACUGGAAGCAAAAAAUGACAUAUGGCUGAUUUAUUUUUAGAAAGGGCAGUCCUCUCU